GAAAAGAGAGAGCCUGCCUGCUGGUGGCAGAUGGGGUAACGGAGAGGCGAGAAGUCCACGUAAUACCAUGCCGAGAUUUGGACUACAUAAACUAUAUGCAAAACCUCCCAAUCUCCGAGAGUAAUAAUAAAAGAGGUGGUUCGCUGAAGAUCAGGGUACAAUAAUGGGGAAGCACUGGGUUCCACUGCUUGUGCUGCUCCUGCAGCUCCUCUGUGGCUGCGCAGGGAACCAAAGGAUGGUGAGGGCCACCUCCAUGCAGUUCACGCACUCUCUUUACAAUGCCACCAUAUAUGAGAACUCUGCUGCUAAGACUUACUUAGAAAGUCACACCAAAAUGGGGAUCUACGUCACAGACCCAGAAUGGGACAUACGGUACAAAAUCAUUUCUGGAGACAAUGAGAACUUAUUCAAAGCAGAGGAUAAUCUGCUGGGAGAUUUCAAUUUUUUGCGAAUAAGGACCAAAGGAGGCAGCACUGCCAUUCUGAAUCGGGAGGUUAAAGACCACUACAUGCUGACUAUUAAAGCUUCUGAGAGAAACACCAAUUUGGAGUGUCGCACUCGAGUUAAGGUGCAGGUACUGGACACCAAUGACCUCAGGCCUCUCUUCUCACCAACAUCCUAUAGCAUCUCUCUGCCAGAGAACACGGCCAUACGCACAAGCGUGGCCAAAGUCACGGCAACUGAUGCAGAUAUCGGUACGAACGGAGAAUACUACUAUAGUUUCCGGGAGUGGACGGACAUGUUUGCAGUUCAUCCAACGAGUGGUGUGGUGACACUGACGGGCAAACUAGACUACUCUGAGACGCAGCUGUACGAAUUGGAGAUCCUUGCCGUGGACAGAGGGAUGAAGCUAUAUGGUAGCAGUGGUUUCAGUAGCAUGGCCAGACUUACCGUGAGGGUGGAACAGGCCAAUGAACAUGCACCUGUAAUUACUGCAGUAACCUUGGCCCCUUCUGAUACAGACCAUGACCCCACUUAUGCCAUCGUAACAGUGGAGGACAAAGAUCAGGGACCAAAUGGAGAAAUAGCAUCAUUGAGCAUUGUGGCUGGUGACCCUCUUCAGCAGUUCAAGGCUGUAAGAACCAGCCCUGGCAGCAAGGAGUAUAAAAUAAAAGCUGUGAAAGAUGUCGACUGGGACAGCCAGCCUUUUGGGUACAACCUCACUUUACAGGGAAAGGACAAAGGCAGCCCCCCUCAAUUUUCAUCAGCUAAAUUGGUACAUGUCACUUCUCCACAGUUCAAAGUGGGCCCCGCUGUAUUUGAAAAGGCCAUUUACAGAGUCAAUCUGAGUGAAUUUGCCCCCCUUCACACACCUGUCACUAUGGUAACAGCUGUGCCAAAGUAUCCACAGCUAAAAUAUGCUUUUAGACAUAAAUCUGACAAGAACAGAUUUACCAUCAAUCCAGAUACCGGCUUAAUCAGCACUGCAGGGCCAAUCAAUGCUGAUAUUUCCUCACAGUUUCAGCUGGAUGUGAUUACAAAUGACAAAAAAGCAGCAACCAAAGUGAUUGUUGAUGUGAUUGAUGUAAAUAACAAUGCACCUGAAUUCCAGCAGACAUCUUACAAGGCCAGUGUUGAUGAGAAUGUACCCAUAGGGACUAGUGUGGUGACGGUUAAAGCCACUGAUCUAGACAAAGGGGAGAAUGGCUAUGUGACCUACAGCAUCACCAAUGUGAGCCCCCAGCCGUUUGUCAUUGACUACUUUUCUGGUGUCAUCAGUACCUCAGAGGUCCUAGAUUAUGAGCUCAUGCCCAGGAUUUACAAUCUUAAAGUCAGAGCAUCAGACUGGGGAUCUCCAUUCCGGAGAGAGGUGGAAGCAUCAGUCAUCAUAACAUUAAAUAACCUGAAUGACAAUAAGCCUUUGUUUGAAAAUGUGGACUGUGAAGUGACUGUGCCAAGAGAUCACGGUGUGGGAGAGCAGAUAACAACAGCAUCUGCCAUAGAUGCAGAUGAACUGCAGCUAGUACGGUACAGUAUUAAAGCUGGGAAUGAUCUUGAUCUAUUUGAACUGAACCCAAACUCUGGCAUGCUUUCACUGAAGCACACGCUGAGUGAGGGAGAGGCAGCUAAAGUCUCUUUUCAUAGUUUACAAAUUGUUGCAACUGAUGGCGAACACGAGACUCAGCCAAUGAUUAUGAACAUCACUGUCAUCACGGCACGCAAGCCCGUCCAGUUAAAGUGUGUUGAAACUGGAGUCGCUACUAUGUUGGCUGAAAAGCUGCUUCAGGGCAGCAAAAUCCACACGCAGACUGAGCCGGAUGACAACUUCAUGGACUUCCACUCAGUGAAUCGGUACAGCCCUCAGUUUGCAGAGUCUUUCCCAAGUGUGAUUGAAGUUAAAGAAGAUCUCCCCGUUGGGGCCCGGAUUGUCCAUUUAAGUGCCACAGACUCAGAUAGUGGCUUUAAUGGGAAACUUGUGUAUGUUAUUUCAGGAGGAGACACAGAAAGCCGCUUUAUAGUAGAUAUGGAAACCGGUUGGCUUUUGGUUUACUCUCCUCUUGAUCGAGAAACAACAGACCACUACACCCUAAACAUUACAGUUUAUGAUCUUGGGAUACCACAGAAAUCCUCAUCGCGCCUCUUGGAUGUUAAAAUCUUAGAUGCCAAUGAUAAUAGCCCCCAGUUUUUGCAAGACUCUUAUUCAGUUGAAAUAAGUGAGAGUACACCUGUUGGGACUGAAAUCAUCCAGGUGGAUUCAACAGACAAGGAUCGAGGUGACAAUGGAAUCGUCAAGUACUCAAUUUUGGGAGGCACAGAUCAUUUCACAAUCAAUGAAAAUACUGGUGUGGUGACAGUGACCAGACCAUUAGAUCGUGAGCGCCAUCCAUUUUAUAUUUUAAAGAUUGCAGCACGUGACCAGGCAGUAAACGAGCCUCAGCUGGUGUCCACAGUGCCACUUAAAAUCACCUUGGAAGAUGUGAAUGAUAAUCCACCAAAAUUUUUUCCCCCUAAUUACCGUGUAAAAGUGAGGGAGGACCUUCCUAUCGGUACAGUAAUCAUGUGGCUGGAGGCUCAUGACCCUGAUAUUGGACCUUCCAGUCAGGUACGAUACAGCCUUAUUGAUAACGGAGAUGGGAAUUUUGAAGUAGACAAACUCAGCGGUGCUCUGCGAAUUGUUCAGAAUUUAGAUUAUGAGACAAAACAGGUGUAUAAUCUUACAGCGAAAGCUAAAGACAAAGGGAAGCCCAUGUCCUUGUCAUCAACCUGCUUCAUUGAGGUGGAUGUGGUGGAUGUGAAUGAAAAUCUUUACAGGCCUAUGUUCCGAUCGUUUGUGGAAAAAGGAUUUAUAAAAGAGGAUGCGCUCAUUGGGACUUCAGUGAUGACUGUAACAGCUGAAGAUGAAGACAGAGGCCGAGAUGGAGAGAUUCGAUACUCCAUCCGAGAUGGGUCUGGCCUGGGGGUAUUCUCCAUUGAUGAGGAAACUGGUAUUAUUCGAACGCAGGAACUGCUGGAUCGUGAGACAACAUCUCACUACUGGCUAACAGUCUAUGCGAUGGAUCGCGGCGUGGUGCCCCUCUCUGCUUUUGUAGAGGUCUACAUUGAAGUGCAGGAUGUCAACGACAAUGCGCCACAAACCUCUGAACCUGUCUACUACCCCUCUGUUAUGGAGAACUCCCUGAAAGAUGUGUCGAUCAUCCAGAUCAACGCAGUCGAUCCAGACGCCAAAGCCAGUGAUAAACUCACCUACAAGAUCACCAGCGGGAAUCCCCAGGGGUUCUUUGCUAUUAACUCCAAGACAGGUUUGGUAACAACCACUUCAAGGAAACUCGACAGAGAGCAGCAAGAUGAGCACAUUCUCGAGGUAACCAUCACCGACCACGGUGUUCCUGUGAAAUCCACCACUGUUCGCAUCAUCGUCCAGGUCCUUGACGAGAAUGACAACAGACCAUUGUUCCUCGAGAAAAUCUACAAGAUCCAACUCCCUGAACGGGAGAGGCCAGAGAAUGAGAGAGCCAUGAAGAGGUACCCGGUGUAUCGGGUAAUUGCAUCAGACCGUGAUGUUGGGCCUAAUGCUGAGAUUUCAUACAGUAUUGAGGAGGGAGAUGAACAUGGCAAAUUUUUCAUUGAGCCCAAGACAGGCCUGGUGUCAUCCAAGAAGUUCUCCUCUGCUGGAGAAUACGACAUACUUACAAUUAAAGCUGUCGACAAUGGACGACCUCAGAAAUCCUCCACUUGUCGUCUGCACAUCGAGUGGAUUCCAAAACCACAAGUGCCACCGAUGCAGCUCCCGGCUUUUGAGGAGUCCCCCUUCACCUUUUCUGUCAUGGAAAGUGAUCCUGUGGCGCAUAUGGUGGGCGUUGUCGCCACUGAAUCCUCUGAAGUUCCCGUGUGGUUUGAAAUCACAGGUGGUAAUUAUGACAGCCGCUUUGACGUGGGCAAGGCCAGCGGAACCUUGAUUGUAGCACGGCCCCUGGACGCAGAGCAGAAAUCAAAUUACAACCUGACAGUGGAAGCCACAGAUGGGACACGAACUGUCAGCACCCAGGUGCUUAUCCGUGUCAUUGACACCAACAACCACCGGCCGGAGUUCUCUCAGAAGGUUUAUGUUGUGAAUGUGCCGGAAGACAAACCAGCAGGGACUGAGGUUCUGCAGAUCAGUGCUGUGGACAGAGAUGAGAAGAACAAACUGACCUUUACACUCCUGAGCAGCACAGAUCCAUUCAGCCUGAGGAAGUUCCGACUAGACCCUGGGACUGGCACCCUGUAUACCACUGAGCGACUGGAUCAUGAGACCAUGCAUCGUCACAUCCUGACUGUCAUGGUCCGAGAUCAGGACAUUCCUGUUAAGAGGAACCUUGUGCGUGUUAUCGUCAAUGUGGAUGACACCAAUGACAAUGCACCCUGGUUUAUAGGCACACCUUACUCCGGUCGAGUGUUUGAAUCUGCUGCCAUAGGCUCGGCGGUGCUCCAGGUUACAGCUCUUGACAAAGACAAGGGCUCUAAUGCAGAGAUUGUUUACAACAUUGAAUCAGGAAAUGUUGCCAACUCAUUUGCUAUCGACCCUGUCCUUGGGACAAUUACAGUAGCCAAAGAGCUUGAUCGCAACAGCAAGACAGAAUUUGAACUCACUGUUAAAGCGUCUGAUAAUGGAAUACCUGCACUGUCAACCACAACCACUGUACACAUUGUGGUAACAGUUUCUGACAACGCAGUCCCCAGAUUUACUGAACAGGCUUUUUCUGCAGAAGUGAGUGAAUCAGCCCUUCCAGGAAGUUUUGUGACCUCAAUCACAGCCGUCAGCCAGUCUGUUUUCUAUCAAAUAAAAGGUGGCAACGUCGACAGCGCAUUUGAUAUCAACCCAAACUCGGGAGUGGUUGUAACACAGAAAGCUUUAGAUUAUGAGACCAUCUCUCAAUACAAACUUAUCAUACAGGGCACCAACAUGGCUGGACUUGCCAGCAAUGCAACGCUUACGAUUCACCUAAAGGAUGAAAAUGACAAUCCUCCAGUCUUUGACCAGAGGGAAUUUCAAGGUGUAAUCAGUGAGUCUGCCCCCAUCAACAGUGUUGUUCUGACACGCGAAAACACGCCUUUUGUCAUUCAUGCCACUGAUGCUGAUUGUGACCAGAAUGCCAUGCUCAUCUAUCAGAUUGUUGAACCUUUUGCACAUAACUAUUUCGCCAUUGACUCAAGCACUGGAGCCAUCAGAAUUACAGCAGCUUUGGAUUAUGAACAGAGGAGUGUUUUCCGCUUCACAGUCCAGGUCCAUGAUCUAGGAAUGCCACGGCUGUUUGCAGAGACAGCGGCCAAUGUGACCAUUGAAAUAAUUGAUGUUAAUGACUGCUCACCAGUUUUCAGCCAAGAACAGUACGAGACAACUGUCAUAGUGCCAACAUACAAAGGGGUAGAAGUCAUUCAAGUCAGUGCUACAGAUGCAGACUCCGGGCCUAACUCCAAACUUCUCUUCUCCAUCGCUGAGGGAAAUAUUGGUGAUAAAUUUAAAAUGGAUCCCAUCACUGGCAUAAUCUCCAUUCAGAAUGUGACACAGCUCCGGAGCAGAUAUGAGUUAAAGGUUAGGGUUUCUGAUGGUAGAUUUGCCAGUGUCGCUGUAGUCAAGAUCAGCGUACAGGAAAACAAGGAAAGUAAGCUGAAGUUCACCCGGGAGUCUUACAAAGCCUACGUCCAAGAAAAUUCUUCUGAGAAGAAAACGCUAGCAGUCAUUGCUGCUGUUGGGAACCAAGUGAAUGAGCCCUUGUUCUACAAAGUUUUAAAUCCUGACAGCAGAUUUGAAAUCAGCCGCACAUCUGGAGUUAUCUCAACAACUGGGAUUCCAUUUGAUCGUGAAGCACAGGACACAUUUGAUAUAGUUGUUGAGAUCACAAGAGAAGACAAAUCUGAAGAUAGGGCUCACGUUUUAGUAACUGUGACUGUGGAGGAUGUAAAUGACAACGCACCUAUGUUUGUGAACCUUCCCUAUCACGCCCUGGUUCAGGUGGAUGCGGAGGAAGGCCAGAUUAUUAGGCAGGUGAUGGCAGUGGACAAAGACUUGGGCCCAAAUGCAGAUAUCCAGUAUCAGCUUAAGGAGGAUCACGGCCACUUUAAAAUUAGCCCGUCUGGUGAAAUCUCACUUAAAAAGAAAUUUGAGAAAGAAGCACUUAACGCAAACUUUGUUAUUAUUGUUAUGGCAAAGGAUAGUGGAGAACCAGCUCUGUCAGCAGAAAUAGAAGUGCCAGUUAGAGUGGUGAACAAAGCAAUGCCUGUGUUUGAGACGCCAUUUUACAGCAUUGAAAUCCCUGAGAACAUUCAGUUACACUCCCCUGUGCUUCACGUGCAGGCCAACAAUUCUGAAGGCCCUCGUAUUGUGUACACCAUCUCCGAGGGAGAUCCUUUCAAACAGUUCUCAAUUGAUUUCAACACAGGCGUCAUUCACGUGAUUCAGCCUUUGGACUUUGAGACGCAUCCCGCCUACAAGUUAAAUGUAAGAGCCACAGACUCUCUAACUGGAGCGCACGCAGAGGUGUUUGUUGAUAUCAUUCUGGAAGAUGUGAAUGACAACGCUCCUGUGUUCCUAUCAAAGGCCUACUAUGCUAAUAUUUCUGAGGCCUCUGUUAUCGGCACAUCAGUUUUGCAAGUUGAUGCCAAAGAUUCCGAUACUGGCAAUAACCAAGAAGUAUUUUUUCAGUUGGUUGAGGAAAGGGGGAAGAGCUCUGAUUAUUUUACCAUUGAUCGUGACACUGGAAUAAUUUCUACAGCUCAAGUUCUCGAUCACGAAGAGAUCCAGCAACACAAGUUGAGAGUCCGCGUAGUCGAUGGAGGAGUUCCAGCACUUUCUAGUGAUGUCACUGUGACAAUAGAUGUUACUGAUUUGAAUGACAACGCUCCAGUUUUUACAGAGCGAACUUACAGAACUACCAUCAGCGAACUGGCUCCACGCGGACACUUUGUGAGUCAAGUUCAGGCAUCUGAUCCUGACAGCUCAGACGCAAAUAAGUUGGAGUUCUCAAUAAUAUCUGAAAAUGAAGAUCAGAACUUUGUCAUCAACAAACACACCGGUGACAUCACAAUUUCCAACCACCGCAGGCCACAUAUGCAGCCUCUUUACAAUCUUAAUGUAUCGGUGUCAGAUGGUGUAUUCAGAAGCUCAGCCCUCGUCACGGUAACAGUUAUUGGCGCCAACUUCCACAACCCCACCUUCUCUCAGGUGGACUAUUUGGCAGAGCUUGUUGAGAAUUCACCUGUUGGUACCUUGGUAGCAGAGGCAAAGGCGACAGAUGAAGAUGAAGGCAUUUAUGGGCAAAUAACAUAUCAGAUUGUCAACGACUUUGCAAAGGACAAGUUCUCUAUCAAUACAAAUGGAGAGAUUUUCACUUUAGAGAGCCUCGAUCGUGAAAAUACAGAAGAGAAGGUUAUUCCUAUUUCUCUCAUGGCUAAAGACGGUGGUGGAAAAGUAGGCUUUAGUGUUGUCAAUGUAAUUCUCACUGAUGCCAAUGAUAAUGCCCCACAAUUCAGGGCAGUUGAGUACAAAGCCACUAUUGCAUCAGAUGUCCCAAGGGGAACCUCUGUGGUUAAAGUUGCUGCUUCAGACACGGAUGAAGGAAGCAAUGCUGACAUUGAGUAUUCACUUGAGGCGGAUGUUGAAAAUGUUGAGGAAAACUUUGAAAUACACCCAAACUCUGGGGUCAUUGUAACCAAAGAAAGCCUCAUUGGACUUGAAAAUGAGCUGUAUGCAUUUUUUGGGAAGGCGAAGGAUACUGGAACCCCACCCAAAUAUUCUGUUGUACAGGUUUACAUCAGGAUUGUCGCACCAGAGAUACCGAUUCCCAAAUUUCCAGAACCUCAUUAUCGUUACACGAUAGCUGAAGACCUUCCCAUUGGCUCAGAGAUAGAUGUGAUUCAGGCUGUGAGUGAGCAACCAGUUCUCUACAGCCUAGUGAAGGGCAACACUCCCGAGAGCAAUGAAGGUGAAAUGUUUGUUGUAGAUAGAGAUAGUGGAGCCUUGAAGCUUCAGAAGAACCUUGAUCAUGAGACAACCAAAUGGUACCAGCUCACUUUGCUUGCCCAAACCAGGUAUGACAACUAUGAGAUCGUUGCAUCUGUAAACGUAAACAUCCAGGUGAAAGAUGUUAAUGAUAAUACACCCGUCUUUGAGUCAAACCCUUAUGAGGCUGUCGUCGUGGAAAACCUUCCAAGUGGGACACAAGUAAUCCAAGUCAAAGCCACCGACCAAGACUUUGGAACCAACGGUCGUAUUAUUUACAGCCUUGACCCCAAACAGAACUUGCCAGAGAUCUCUGAGCUGUUUGCAGUUAAUAGUGAGACUGGAUGGGUCACCACCUUAAAAGAGCUUGACCGUGAAAAGAGAGACAAAUACAAAAUUGCUGUCUUAGCAACAGACCAAGGCGAGAAAGGCCAGCUCAUUACUGGAACCACAGUGGAGGUAACAGUUGCUGACGUGAAUGACAACCCACCUCGCUUCAGCGAGAUCUACAAAGGCACAGUCAGCGAAGAUGACCCUCCUCCAAGUGGGGUGAUUGCUAUCCUCAGCACCACAGAUGAUGAUUCUGAAGACAUUAAUAAACAAGUCAACUACUUCAUCACAGGAGGGGACCCACUGGGCCAAUUUGCCAUCGAACAUAUUCAGAAUGAAUGGAAGGUCUCUGUCAGGAAGUCUUUGGACCGUGAAGAAAAGGACAAUUCUCUUAACAUUACUGCCAGUGAUGGCAUCUUCACUGCCAAAGCUGUUGUGGAGGUCAAGGUGCUGGAUGCCAAUGACAACAGCCCAGCAUGUGAAAAGUCUGUAUACAGUGAAAGUGUCCCAGAGGACUCCCCUGCAGGCAGGCUCAUUUUGCAGGUUUCUGCCACAGAUGCUGACAUCCGCUCAAACGCCCAAAUCUCUUAUGAGCUCCAGGGAGUUGGAUCGGAAUUGUUCGUCAUUGACUCUGUCACAGGAGAGCUGAAGACCUUGCAGCCCCUGGACCGAGAAGAGAAAGAUGAGCACAGGUUCAAAGUGCGGGCGGUGGAUGGAGGAGGGCGUUACUGUGAAGCUGACAUCCAUAUCAUUGUGGAAGACAUCAAUGACAACCCACCGCAGUUCUCUUCUGACCCCUACACCAUCACAGUCUUUGAAAACACAGAGACGGGCACAUUUGUGGCAAAACUGGCAGCAAAUGAUUUGGAUACGGGUCUGAAUAGCAACAUCCUCUACUCACUGGUUGAGUCCGCUGAUGGAUUUUUCUCAAUUGAUGAGGACACUGGUGUAAUAAGCCUGGAGCGUCCGCUGGACCGCGAGGUGCAGUCAGUAUAUGAGCUGAAGGCUCGUGCCAGUGACCAGGGCUCGCCGCGUCUGUCCUCCCUCUGCCAGGUGGUGAUCUCCGUCCUGGACAUCAACGAUAAUCCGCCAGUGUUUGAGCACCGUGAAUACACAGCCACCGUGUCUGAAGAUGUGGCUGUGGGUACUCAAGUACUCAGAGUGCAGGCAGCCAGCCGGGACGCAGACGCCAAUGGCGAGAUCACUUACAGCAUCAUCAGCGGCAACGAGCACGGGAUGUUCAGUGUGGACCCAAAAACUGGUGACAUCUUUGUGAUUGAGCCGCUGGACUACGAGGCUUCUCAUGAAUACUACAUUACUAUAGAGGCUACAGAUGGUGGUUCACCACCGCUCAGCGACAUGGCUACUGUGAACAUCAAUCUGACAGAUGUCAACGACAACAGACCCGUCUUCAGCCAGGACGUCUACACAGCCGUCAUCAGUGAGGACGCCGAGCUAGGAAAGACGGUGAUGGCGGUGAUGGCUGAGGAUUUUGAUGGACCUUCUUACAACCACGUGCGGUACUCCAUUGUGGCCGGUAACCAAGGCAGCCCAUUCACCAUUGAUCCAGUCAGAGGGGAGCUUAAAGUUGCUCGCCAGCUGGACAGAGAGGCAACAUCUGGGUAUACGCUAACAGUGGUAGCCUCGGAUAAUGGGGCACCCCCUCUUUCCAGCAGCACCAUGAUCAACAUUGACAUCUCAGACAUCAAUGAUACCCCCCUUUUCUCCCAGGCCAACUACAGCCUCAUCAUCCAGGAAAACCGACCAAAAGGCACAAGUGUUCUUCUGCUCACUGUAACCGAUCGGGACGCUUCUCACAACGGCCCACCUUUCACCUUUGCCAUCGUGGAUGGGAAUGACGGCAAUGCUUUCCACAUCAAUCAGCAGGGAGCUCUACUGGCUAUGGGGGCGCUGAGUAGGAAAAGUAAAGAAAACUACCUACUACAAGCACAGGUGUCAGACAGCGGCAAACCACAGCUCUUUUCCACCACCUUCAUCAGCGUGCGUGUAAUUGAAGAGAGUGUCUACCCUCCAGUCGUUCUUCCACUGGACAUAUUUGUGUCGACCGCUGGCGAGGAAUACUCUGGAGGAGUCCUGGGCAAGAUCCACGCCACUGACCAAGACAUCUACGACACUCUCACCUACAGCCUCGCUCCUUCAUUUUCCUCAGAUGAGAGCAGCACCUUAUUUUCAGUGUCGCCCUCCGAUGGCAAAAUCAUCGCCCUCCGGCCACUCGAUGUGGGGCAUUACCCUCUCAACGUGACAGUGACUGACGGGCGCUUCACCACGCCAGCUGAUGUCACUGUGCAUGUCAGACAAGCAGCUCAUCAGGCCCUGGAUAACUCUGUUGCAGUGCGCUUUGCAAAUAUCGCACCUGAGGAGUUUAUUGGGGACCACUGGCGCAACUUCCAGCGAGCAUUGAGAAACAUUGCUGGAGUUAGGAGGAGCGAGGUUCAGUUAGUGAGCCUGCAACCGUCUGAGCAAGGAGAUCUGGAUGUUCUGUUGACAUUAGAGAGAGCUGGCAGCCCCUACCAAUCUCAGGAGGUUGUCUUCCGGAAGCUGAACUCCUCUGCAGCUGUGAUCGAGGAGAUGACGGGCAUCCGCAUCGUGCGGGUGGUACAGAAGCUGUGCACAGGUCUGGACUGUCCAUUACACUUCUGCGAUGAGGUCAUCUCCCUGGAUAAAAACGCCAUGUCCACUUACAGCACGGCCCGCCUCAGCUUCGUCACCCCACGACACCAGAGAACCGCGACCUGCCAGUGUGAAGGUGGCAGAUGCCCCGUGUUGAACAACCUGUGUGAGAACAACCCUUGUCCUGAGGGUAUGGAGUGUGUGGCAGAUCCUCGAGACACUGAAUACAGUUGUGUGUGUCCUGAAGGCAAAAAAGGCAAAUGUUCUGAUGGCCACUCACUCACAUUCAGUGGAAAUGGUUAUGUGAAAUACCAUCUGAUGGAGAAUGAAAACAAGGAGUUGAUGAAGCUAUCUCUGCGACUCAGGACUUUCUCCAUCCAUGCUACUGUCAUGUAUGCUAAAGGGACAGACUACAGCAUCCUUGAGAUUGUGAACGGCCGUUUGCAGUACAAGUUUGACUGUGGCAGCGGCCCGGGUCUCGUGUUGGUCCAAAGCGCUCAGGUUAAUGACGGGGAGUGGCACUCCGUUUCACUGGAGGUGGACGGUAAUUAUGCUAAACUCGUGCUGGACAGGGUACACGCAGCCUCGGGCACAGCCCCGGGCACUCUGCGGACCCUCAAUCUUGACAACAGCAUUUACUUUGGCGGUCACGUACGCCAGCACACCUCCCCUCGCCACGGACGCAGUCUACUUGUUACUAAUGGGCUCCGUGGAUGCAUGAAGGCCAUCACCCUGAAUGGCCAAGAACUGCCUCUUAACACAAGAGCUCGCUGGGCUCAUGCUGUGCUGGAGGACAUGGUGGACGUGGCUCCAGGCUGUGCAGUCGCACCUGCUGAGAGUUGUUCUAGCAACCCCUGCACUAACGGAGGGAGCUGCACCUCGCUGCCUAAUGGAGGCUACUUCUGCAAGUGUCCUGCCUCUUUCAUGGGCACACACUGUGAGAUCGCCAUAAGUCCUUGUGCCUCCAACCCCUGCUUGUACGGUGGCACCUGUGUGGCUCGUGCAGGUGAAUUCUACUGCCAGUGCAGAGGGCAGUACUCAGGACCAAGGUGUCAGUUGGGGCCGUACUGCAGAGACAACCCCUGUAAAAACAGCGGAAAGUGUAUUGACAGCCUGGAUGGUCCAGUAUGUGAGUGUGAAGCAGGCUUCCAGGGAGACAGGUGCCUGAGUGAUGUUGACGAGUGCAUCAAGAAUCCAUGUGCCAACGGAGGACACUGCCAGAAUACAUACGGUUCCUAUAAGUGCAACUGCUCGCAGGGUUUCAGUGGAUCAGUGUGUGAACUCCAUGAUGUUCGCAGCACUGAGUUAGUCUCCAACUCCUGGAACAUUGGUCUGGAGGAGGUGAUAGGCAUUGUGGUCUUUGUGUCUAGUAUCUUCAUACUGGUCCUGCUCUUUAUCAUCAUCCGCAAGAAGGCCUGUCGUGGCAAGUCAAAGAGCGACGACGACGACAAACUUCCUGGAGGUUCGAGCGUGCCUCAGUCCUUCCUCCAGAGACCUUAUUUUGAUGCCAAACUCAACAAAAACAUCUACUCAGACAUCCCUCCUCAGGUGCCUGUGCGGCCCAUCUCCUACACUCCCAGUAUUCCAAGCGACUCACGAAACAACUUGGAUAGGAACUCAUUUGAGGGCUCCACCAUCCCAGAGCAUCCCGAGUUCAGCACCUUCAACCCAGAUUCUGUGCACGGGCACCGCAAAACCGUGGCUGUGUGCAGCGUAGCACCCAAUCUCCCUCCUCCCCCACCAUCCAACUCUGUCUCAGACAGCGACUCCAUCCAGAAGCCAAACUGGGAUUACGAUUAUGACGCUAAAGUUGUGGAUUUGGAACCGUGUCUGACCAAGAAGCCUGUGGAGGACAGUGCCUGCCACCCCUACAAUACCAGAGGCAGCAUGUCUGAGGUCCAGUCCCUCAGCUCCUUCCAGUCAGAGUCCUGUGACGAUAACGCCUCCAUUGUGACAGUUAUCCACCUUGUCAACUCUGCUGUUGACACGGUGGAAGGAGAAGAGUCUUUUUUGGCUCAUGAUCUCAAGAACCCAAGAGGAUAUCACUGGGACACAUCUGAUUGGAUGCCAAGUGUUCAACUUCCUGGAAUCCAGGAGUUUCCACAGUAUGAGGUUGUGGAGUCACCCGCCCCUCUGUACAGUGACCCGAAUGCCAUCGACACCGACUAUUAUCCAGGCGGCUAUGACAUCGAGAGUGAUUUCCCUCCACCGCCGGAGGACUUCCAUGGAAACGAUGACCUCCCACCACCACCUUUGCCAGAGUACAGCGACCGCUGUGACACCCUGCGACCCCUCGGCAGAGACUUGGACCUGCCGAUGGCCGGUCCAGGCAGCUCGGGCGCGGUCCGCCAGCGCCCAGCCCUGCCCGAGCUUUACAGCCUUAACCAGUACCUGCCGCAGCACUCCUUCCCCAGCGACAGUGGUGAUACUGAGGGCCAGGGCACCACUUCCACCUCCACCACCCCUGCCUCCACCAUGGGCACCGGCGGAUACAGAGGAGGCUACCCUUUAGGUUGCAGUCGGGACUUUGACUCCUCCGCUCUGGACAACAUGUCCAGGUCUCUGUACACGUCCACAGCCUCUUGCUCGGACAUGUCAGCGUGCUGCGAGGAGUCCGAGGUGAUGAUAAGCGACUACGAGAGCGGCGACGAGGGCCACUUCGAGCGGCUGUCCAUCCCGGCGCUGGACUCCCAGCAGCACACUGAAGUCUGACACUGGAUCCAAACAAAAGUGCCUGAACCCACAGCUACACCUUAUGUUAGCCCCUGACCCAGCACCUACACUAAACACGCACAGAAUCCGGACACACACACACAGAGACACACACGCACACACACGCAUACUGACACAAACAAUGAAACACAGGGGUUUGAUGAGACUGGCUGAGAAGGCCAUUCAGCUGAGAAGAUCUGAAGAAGUUAUAGGAAAUACUCUGUAGCCGCUUUGCAGCUGCUCAGCCCGGGCCCCUGCCCCUCGCUUUAAGUAGCUGUCAUCAUACACAGGAAGUGGAUUCUCCGAAGGAUCAACAUUUCAGUGUGCAACAGGAAAAGCAUCAUGAAAAAAAAAGAAAAGAAAUCUCUUUGUUUCUAUAAAGAAAACCAAGCAAGAUGUUUUUAUACAAGUCUUCAUUUUCAGUGUAAAUUUAAAUGUACAGUUUUGAUUUCAAAGUUUACUAGGUUUUGUAGAUAUUCUAUGCUUUUAUUUUCAACAAAAAAAGAAGUUAAAUGGUGUGACAUUAUCAGCCUUACUGUGUGUACGUUCACUAAAAACAACAAAAAAAGAAAGGUUAAAAAAGAUAAAGAGAAGAGCGUGGCUUUUCUGAACACAGUGUACUCGUAAAAUUAUUGUCUCUUGCUCAUUUCAAAAAGGGUCUUCAAUGAACGACUGCAUAUUCUUGUGUUGUUUAUUUUUAUUGUUUGUUUGUACAUUUUGACUUUGGAACCUCGUUAUUUUUCCACCAAGAAAAUGGGACCCAAUAUAUUUAUAGUGCAGAGUUAUCCAUGGACACGUGACUUUUUCAGGUGUCUGUGUGUGUCUGAGCAAUGCUAUGGUCUUGUUAAGGUUUUUAUUGAAUACUGCCACAAGCUCACGCUUUCCUACUGGCAAUAAAUUAUUCCUAAAAAAUACUUCUAA